AAUUCAACAAUUUUCUCCCAUUUUUAGCUUUUUUUUUUCCUCCAACAAUCCUACCCACUUCUUUAUAACGAUUUUUGUCAAGUUUUUUCGUUGUGAUUUCGGUUGAUUUGGUCUUCUCAGCUGAAAAAGUCGUUUGGAUCUGGCAUCUAUCUUUCUCAGAAAACCUAGUUCUUAUCUUCGUCUGUCAUCCCAUCUGUUUCUCCACUUUGUAAUUGGAAUAUAAUUCUAUUUGACUAGGUUUUAGCUGAGGGUUAGUGGGUGGGUGAAGGGCUCAUGAGUAGACCUGAAAAAGCUUUAUUUUCCUCAAGUCUGCCAUAGAUCUGUUGUUAGGCGUUUUUCUGCAGAAUAUUCUUAUUGCCUAGAAAGAUGAACCAUUUUAGUUUUCAGCAGAACGCCUUUAUGGCCCGUGAGGAGAUCAGAGGCGGUUCCGGUUCCACCUUUGCAUCUGAUCCGAUGGACCCUGUUGUUUGCCCUAGGCCUCGCCGAGUUGGGAUUUUGGCUAGCAAUUUUGUCAAGUCCUUGAGAUUGCAGAUUAACCCAUUAUCUGAGUUCUGUGAUUCAAAAGCUGGGGCAGAUCUUCUGGACAUGAUUCUCAUGAAGGAGGAUUAUGGGGCAGAACAAUCCAUUGCCCAGGUAGCCUCUUCACCCCCGUUUUUUUGUGGGUCUCCUCCAAGCAGGGCUGCAAACCCUGUAGUCCAUGAUGCUCGAUUCAGAGAAGAGAAGCUUGUUCCUGUUCAUGGAUUUCCUUAUCCAUCCCCAUCGGGUUUAUCUUCACCCUCAUCUUCUGCACGCAAAGGAGGAUGUGUUAGAAUGAAGUUUGGGCCUAAUCCAGCCGCAGUUAGAGUAGAAGGAUUUGACUGUCUUAAUAGGGAUCGCCAGAACUCCAGCAUCCCUGCCAUGGCUUGAAAUUCCUGCAAUUGUAUAUAGAAGGAAGCUGAAUGCCACCACCACAUUUCACAAAAAACAAUAGUGCACUUAACCAGAGGAUAUAUUUUUUCUGGAUAUUUUUGGAGAGAAUUGAGAUCUGUUACUGUAAAUAUGAUGAUAUGUUUUUUUGGGUGAUCGUCUCACUGCUAAUGUCUAUAAGUAGUUUGAGUGUAUAACGGAGGCAAAUCUUUUGUUCAAGAGAAUGUUUGAACAUGCUAAAGGAGCAAUGCUCUCUUUUUGUAAUAUAAAAUGGCUUAGUAGUAGAGUACUAGGGAAAAUUGUGUCUACUAUAUCAAGUUUUGAUGGUCACUGAAUAUUCUGUAUAAAGUCCUAUUGGUGUUGUAGUAUUGGUCAUGUAAAUGAGUAUUGUUAAAUGUUUUAGAAACUUUACCU